GCAGUCUGAGCACCAGCCAGGCCAUGUUCUCCGAGCAGGCUGCCCAGAGGGCCCACACGCUGCUGUCACCACCAUCAGCCACCAAUGCCACCUUUGCCCGGGUGCCCGUGUCAACAUACACCAACUCCUCACAGCCCUUCCGGCUUGGGGAGCGCACCUUUAGCCGGCAGUAUGCGCACAUCUAUGCCACCCGCCUGGUCCAGAUGAGGCCCUUCCUGGAGAGCCGGGCGCAGCAACACUGGGGCCCCGGCGUGCUGGUGCGGAAGCUGUGUGAGCUGCAGCCCGGGGAGCGCUGCUGUGUGGUGGGGACACUCUUCAAGGCCAUGCAGCUGCAGCCGUCCAUCCUGAGGGAGAUCAGCGAGGAGCACAACCUGCUCCCGCAACCGCCGCGGAGCAAGUACAUCCACCCCGAUGACGAGCUGGUCCUGGAGGAUGAGCUGCAGCGCAUCCGGCUGGACGGCGCCAUUGACGUGUCCAAGUUGGUCACAGGGACGGUCCUGGCUGUGCUCGGCUCUGUGCGGGAUGACGGGAAGUUCCUGGUAGAGGAGCACUGCUUGGCGGAGCUGGCCCCCCAGCAGCCCGCGGCCCCGCCCGACUCCGACCGGUUCGUGCUGCUGGUAUCCGGCCUGGGCUUGGGCGGCGGCGGCGGCGAGAGCCUGCUGGGCACACAGCUGCUGGUGGACGUGGUGACGGGGCAACUGGGGAGCGAGGGCGAGCAGAGCAGCGCGGCCUGCGUCUCCCGGGUCAUCCUGGCCGGGAACCUGCUGAGCCACAGCACCCAGAGCAGAGACUCCAUUAACAAGGCCAAGUACCUCACCAAGAAGACACAGGCAGCCAGCGUGGAGGCCGUCAAGAUGCUGGACGAGAUUCUCCUGCAGCUGAGUGUCUCGGUGCCCGUGGACGUGAUGCCCGGCGAAUUUGACCCGACCAACUACACACUCCCCCAGCAGCCGCUGCACCCCUGCAUGUUCCCCCUGGCCACCGCCUACUCCACCCUGCAGCUGGUCACCAACCCCUACCAGGCCACUAUCGACGGGGUCAGGUUCUUGGGGACCUCUGGACAGAACGUGAGUGACAUUUUCCGCUACAGCAGCAUGGAGAACCACCUGGAGAUCCUGGAAUGGACCCUGAGGGUCCGUCACAUCAGCCCCACGGCCCCCGACACCCUGGGCUGUUACCCCUUCUACAAAACUGACCCCUUCGUCUUCCCGGAGUGCCCACACGUCUACUUUUGUGGCAACAGCCCCAGCUUUGGCUCCAAGAUCAUCCGAGGCCCUGAGGACCAGAAGGUGUUGCUAGUGGCCGUCCCAGACUUCAGUGCCACGCAGACGGCUUGCCUGGUGAACCUGCGCACCCUGGCCUGCCAGGCCAUCAGCUUCUCUGGCUUUGGGGCAGAGGAGGACCUGGGAGCCCUGGGGCUGGGCCCCUGAGUCCGGAGCUGCACCCAGUCCCUUCCCCGCACCCUUGGGAGCCUUUCCUUUGUA